CUGUCACUUUCAAUUUUGGUGAAAUACGUCAUCUCUUCCAUCAGGAUCACGUAUACAAAAUUAACGUAAAAUUGUGAAUAUUUUUUUAUCUAUGUAAUGUUUCGACAAUUCCUCUAAAAAUAGACGUUCAAUUAACUAGCUAAAGUUAUUUGUUGCCAAUUCACCGGUCAGCAGCAAAAUGUUGACAAAAUUCGAAACGAAAUCGGCUCGAGUAAAAGGUCUUUCUUUCCACCCCAAAAGGCCGUGGAUUCUGGCAAGUUUGCACAACGGCUGCAUCCAACUAUGGGAUUACAGAAUGUGUACUUUACUGGAAAAAUUCGAUGAACAUGAUGGACCGGUUCGUGGUAUCUGUUUUCACAAUCAACAGCCCUUAUUCGUUUCAGGGGGAGAUGACUAUAAGAUUAAAGUAUGGAAUUACAAACAGAAGCGUUGUAUUUUCACAUUAUUGGGACAUUUAGAUUACAUCCGUACUACCAUGUUCCAUCACGAGUAUCCUUGGAUUGUAUCUGCUUCUGAUGAUCAAACCAUAAGGAUAUGGAAUUGGCAGAGUAGAACUUGCAUUUGCGUUCUCACGGGGCACAACCAUUAUGUUAUGUGUGCCAGUUUCCACUUGACUGAAGAUUUGUUGGUGUCGGCUUCUUUAGAUUCGACUGUGCGAGUUUGGGAUAUAUCAGGUUUGAGGAAGAAAAAUGUUUCUCCCGGCCCUGCUGGUCUUGAAGAACACCUGAAAAAUCCAGGAGCAACUGAUUUGUUUGGUCAGGCCGAUGCAGUGGUGAAACACGUUCUUGAAGGCCAUGAUCGUGGAGUGAAUUGGGCAGCUUUUCACCCUACCUUGCCUCUAAUUGUAUCUGGAGCUGAUGAUCGCCAGAUCAAACUAUGGCGAAUGAACGAAUUCAAGGCCUGGGAAGUAGAUACUUGCAGGGGCCACUAUAACAAUGUGUCGUCAGUUUUGUUCCACCCACGACAGGAGUUGCUCCUCUCGAACAGUGAAGAUAAGAGCAUCAGGGUGUGGGACAUGACGAAACGUACUUGUUUGCACACGUUCCGCAGAGAACAUGAGCGUUUUUGGGUAAUGACUUCUCAUCCUAACCUCAAUUUGUUUGCAGCUGGACAUGAUAGUGGAAUGGUCAUUUUCAAACUGGAAAGGGAGAGACCAGCUUAUACUGUUCAUGGUAACUUAUUGUAUUACGUCAAAGAACGCUUUUUGAGAAAACUAGAUUUCACUACUUCCAAAGACAUUCCUGUCAUUCAAAUUCGAGGGGGUGGCAAAAUACCGGUUUACAGAAUGUCUUUCAAUCCAGCUGAAAAUGCUGUUCUCCUCUCGACUCGUACUUCCAAUCUUGACAACAGCACUUACGAUUUAUAUAACAUUCCAAAAGAACAGGAACGAGAUGAUCACGUUCCAGAAGCUGAAAACAAGAGAUCUUCUGGACUAACUGCCUUAUGGGUGGCUAGAAAUCGAUUUGCGGUACUUGACAGAACUCACCAACUGAUUAUUAAAAAUUUGAAAAAUGAGGUUACAAAAAAAGUUCAGACUCCUACUUGCGAUGAGGUGUUCUAUGCAGGCACAGGAAUGCUGCUGUUGAGAGAUUCUGAGAACGUGACUUUGUUUGAUGUUCAGCAAAAGAGAACCUUAGCACAAGUCAAAAUUAAUAAAUGCAGAUAUGUUGUUUGGUCAACUGAUAUGUCCCACAUUGCAUUACUAUCCAAACAUAACGUAACAAUAUGCAAUCGAAAAUUGGAUGUACUUUGCUCCUUACACGAAAACACCAGAGUGAAAUCUGGAGCUUGGGAUGAUUCAGGAGUCUUCAUUUAUACAACCAGCAACCAUAUCAAAUAUACAUUAAACAAUGGUGACCAUGGUAUCAUUCGCACCCUGGACCUUCCCAUCUACAUCACCAGGGUGAAAGGUAGCCAGGUUUUCUGUCUGGACCGUGAAUGUAAGCCUCGUGUUCUAACUGUCGAUCCUACCGAGUACAAAUUCAAGCUUGCCCUCAUCAACCACAAGUACGAAGAAGUUUUAUACAUGGUUAAAAACUCGAGACUAGUCGGCCAGUCCAUCAUCUCGUACUUGCAGCAAAAAGGCUAUCCCGAAGUAGCUCUACACUUCGUCAAAGACGACAAGACUCGAUUCACUUUAGCACUCGAGUGUGGAAAUAUCGAAAUAGCUUUAGAAGCAGCCAAAGCUUUGAACGACAAGGCUUGCUGGGAUCAGUUGGCACAAGCUGCACUGUGGCAGGGCAAUCAUCAGGUGGUUGAGAUGUGUUAUCAACGCACCAAGAGUUUCGAAAAACUAUCCUUCCUCUACUUGAUAACCGGUAACUUGGAGAAACUUAGAAAAAUGACUAAGAUAGCCGAGAUUCGUAAGGCAAGGUCUUCCCAGUACCACGGAGCUCUUUUACUUGGUGAUUUGGAGGAACGCGUAAAGGUAUUGAAAGCAUCGAAUCAACUUCCGUUGGCUUAUUUAACAGCUGCUACUCACGGUAUGAAAGAAGAAGCUGAGCAGCUGCGGGAACAGAUUGGAGAUGAUAAGAAGUUACCCGAUGUUGAUCCAAAUGCCAAGUUUUUGAAACCUCCUCCUCCUAUUCAGCAGGCGGAGUCCAAUUGGCCAUUGUUGACUGUUAGUAGGAGUUUCUUCGAAAACACUGCAGCUUCAGCUGGUGCCUCAGCGAACAUGAAGUCCUUAAUGGUGGAACCCACUGCAGAAGUCGGAAUGGAAGAAGCAGGAGGUUGGGGCGAUGAGGACGAACUGGAAAUCGAUCCCGAAGAGAAGCGAGCUGAAGUUUCUGCUGACGGAGAAGGGGGAUGGGACGUUGAAGACGCAGAUCUGGAGAUACCUGACUUGGGCCCCUCUCAGGCUGCUGAAACGACUGACAGCUAUGUUCAUUUGCCGACGAGAGGACCGUCUGCUCCUUUGACGUGGACCAAAAACUCCCAGUUGGCCGCGGAUCAUGUCGUUGCGGGAUCCUUUGAAUCUGCUGCCAGGUUGCUUCAUGACCAACUGGGUAUAGUCGAGUUUAAACCGUAUGAAACACUUUUCCUGAAUUUGUAUAGCAGUUCGAGGACGGUGAGCUCUUGGCAGGCGAACAUUCCUCCUUCGUUCAGUUAUCCACUGAGGAAUUGGAAAGAGGCUACUCUGAAGAAUCAGUUGCCUGUUGGAGGUAUCAAGCUCAACGAUUUGGUUGCUCGGUUGCAGGUUUGCUAUCAGCUCACUACGGGUGGCAAAUUCACCGAAGCCAUUGAAAAAUUCCAAAACUUGCUCUUGUCUGUCACCCUCCUGGUAGUGGACAACAAACAAGAAAUUUCUGAAGCCCAGCAGUUGCUUCGAAUUUGCAGCGAGUAUAUUUGCGGGUUGCAGAUGGAAACGAUUCGGAAAACUCUUCCGAAAACCACCAUCGAGGAACAAAAACGCCAGUGUGAGAUGGCAGCCUAUUUUACACACUGCAAACUGCAGCCGAUACAUCAGAUCCUGACUCUGCGGACUGCGCUCAACAUGUUCUUUAAGCUGAAGAACUACAAAACUGCUGCGUCGUUUGCCAAAAGACUGCUCGACCUCGGCCCCAGGCCUGAAGUGGCUCAGCAGGCUAGAAAAAUUCUUCAGGCUUGUGAUUCUAACCUCACAGACGAGCUACAGUUGCAUUACGAUGAACAUAACCCGUUUUCGCUCUGCGGACAUUCCUACACACCGAUAUACAGGGGAAAAGCCGAAGAGAAGUGCCCGCUCUGCGGGGCUUCUUACUUACCCAAGUACAAGGGUAGUCUUUGCAAUAUUUGCGGAGUAGCGGAGAUAGGCAAGGAUUCCAUCGGGUUGAGGAUCAGCGUUCACCAGUUCCGAUGAAUUUUCAUCUGAAGGAGAAAGCUGUUUAUGUUAUUGCAUAAGACGAUUGUUUUUUAUGUAGGGCUUUGUAUGUUACUGUAAGUAUUCAAAAAAGUAUAUAUUCCUAAGAUUUAUAAUCAUGAAAGUUUUAAUUAAAUUGAAUUCUAAUUGAG